GGCGCGAAAGAAACUAUUGUUGGGUCUUUCUUUUUUCCUCCAAAAAGGAAAAGACAUUUUCUUUGGGGCGCCAGCACCGCCGUAUACGGCAGUCUCAACGGUUGCGGUUGGAACAACGGGCGUUGGUGCCUACCUCUGCAAGAACGCCACCAUUGUUAAUAUUGUUCAUGAAAUUAUAAGUAAAUUUAACAAGAAGGAAUGGAACAAGUGGAAGAUGAAUAGUGAGAUGCGGGGGUGCAAAAAGUAAAAGUUUAUAUAUUUUGUUUUCUAAAGCCCUGUUAGUCUUCUUAUGAUAUUCUUCAAGGCUUUAAUCUGAAACAAGAGAAAAAUACAACUCUUUCAAAUUGGAGAAGCUAGGUUAACUUUGCGGUGUUGUUGCGGUGGUGGACUUUAGAGGAGGAGGGAGAGAUAAAUCUGAAAGGGAAGUUGAAAGCGCAAUGGCGAGGCGAGAGCUUUCGAGCACGUUGAAGAACUUGAAGUUCAUGCAAAGGGCGGCUGUGAGGGAGGAGAAAACCAAGAGAGAAGAAGAAGAGAUCAAACUGGAUGUCAGUAUUGUUACUACUCCUACAACAGUGACUAGAAAGUGUGUUGUUAUAAUGGAAGGUGAUCCCCAUCCUGGAGCACUUAAAGGUCGAAUGUCAUUUCAAAGUUUUAAUCCUUCUGUUGAUAAAUUAAAUGAGGAAGAAGCAAGAUUACGUCAGCCAGCAGCUGAAACUACUGUUUCUAGAAACCAAAAUGCAAGCGUCUCUGUCAGAGAAAAUAACUUUUCAGUUGAAAGUCCAGAAAGUGUCAACGUUAACAAAAAGAACGUCGGGGUUAACGACAAUGUUAAGAGGAAACAAUCUGAAGUAGUUAGUGAAGCACGAUAUCCUAACAAAUCACCAAAGAGUGAUCAUGAUGAUAAGCAAUCAUUGCCAAGCUCUAGUUUGGGAACUUUUAAAAAACCUGGUGGAGAUAAGCUGGACUGGAAUGUUCUUAGACCAUCAAGUGUCAACCAAAGUAGAUGAGUGUUGUCGAUUAUUUGAUAGCAUACAAAUUAUGCUACGUUUGGUUCUGUUUCUGACAUGGGCAUUUAUCACAAUUUCUUUUUAGGAUUAAGGAUAUAACCUGCCGAUAUAGAUGGAAUACUUUUAGAUGAAGGGGCAAAUCGUGUGUUUUUUUUGUAUCAUUGUAAUUUAUGAAACAAAUGGUCUGUUGGAAAUGUGCUUUUAGCUAUUAAAUAUGUUGUGAUAUAAAAUUUAAGUGGUUACAAGUGAAUUUAUUAGUUCAA